AUGUCAGCAUUAGCAAACGCUUGUAAAGCUAUAAAUAACGCAAAUAAGGCCAGAAAGAGUCAAGUAUGUAUAAUGAAUACUAGUAAAGAAUUAAAAGAUUUUUUGAUAGAAAUGAAGAAGCAUGGAUAUGUUAGUAAACUUGUUUUUAUUCAAAGUUGUAAUAAAGAAAAAGCAGUUAUUCGUUUGAAUGGAAGACUUAAUAAAUGUGGAGCUAUUUUACCAAGAUCCAGCUAUAAAUGUGAUCAGAUCCAAGCAGUAUCUAACAGAUUGAAACCAGCAAGACAAUUUGGACAUGUUUUAUUUAAGACAUGUAAAGGUGUAGUUGAUCAAAAUGAAGCCAAUGAAAUGAGAACUGGUGGUAAAAUUUUAGGAUUCUUUUACUAA